AUGGCGCCCGCCCUUGUGCAAGUGUUAUCGUCCAUCAUCUUGGUGGGCGCAGUUCUUCUCUGCUCCGCGACUGAACCAGGAGAGCCGACAACUGAGCCAGAGUCAAUCCUCACUAUCCCGGAAAAAGGUCUGGAAGCUGACGAACAGAAAACUGUUUGGCUCGGCCCCUCCAAAUCUCUCCGCGUUGUUGACUCGACCAAUGCAGCCGUUUUCAUGCCACACCUGGAGGAGGCCCACCUGCCCCUUCCUUAUGCGGACCAGAUGAACAGCGUUGCGUAUGUGUUUGAGAACGGUGCCUGCGACUUUAACACGGUUGUAGAGUACAAGAAGCUGUUUCCUGAGUAUGCGAAGCCGUUGUGGGUUCGCAAUCCGCCUGUGAUGGCGGCUGCUGCCGAGGAGGCGUCACCCUUACCGGUAACGAAUUACACAUUUACCAAUCCACCCGCGGAGUUGCUGCGUGGACUUGUUAGUUUCUGCGUAAGGUUCGUCAUCAGGCGCCCAUCGCAGUCGCAGGGAGGCUCUUCAAGCGAGUCACACACGACAGCAGGCAACGAGCCUUCAGGCGGUGAUGAGGGACGCGGAGCCGAUGGUGGCGUACAAGAUGGUGCCACAGACCCUCAGGGACUUACUGAUGAGCCUUCAAAGUAUCAAAAGCCAGAGAUUGGGUCGACUGGUAGCGAGACGCAGAACCCACAAGCAGGGGUGGGUGCUGGCGGAAUUGGUUCAGGCGAAGGCGGUGCGCCGGGCGGACCCGGUCUAGCCAUCGGAAAAGCCGAAGAUACUGACGAACUGAGUGAGCAGAAGGUUCCAAACACCCCUGCGCUGCAGACGCCUAACCAUUCAACAAUUCCAUCUCAACCUUCGGCUAGCCCCGUCAUCCUUGCUGGGCCUUCACCUACAAUGGAGGAACAGGGGAACGUAGGUGAAAGCAAGCAAGAGGCUGACGACGGUGCCAGUCCAUCUGGCGUCGUACCUUCGAAUAUCAAGUACGAGGUCCCAACAGGUCAUCAAAGUGAGGAAAAGAACCAUCCGGGAAAUGCCAGUGUAUCUGAGGGGUCGACCGUAUCCGGGCCUGAAGCAAUUGAAGCACGUCCAGAGAGGGCAUCUGCCCAACGACUCGAGAGAGGCGAGGCCGGUGCACCACAAGCGCGCCUGAGGCGGCUUUCGGCGCCGACUGAAGCGCCUGAAAGAUACUUUACCAUCAUUAUUCAUUCCGAUGCGUUGAGCACUUCAGGCAGACAGGCAGCUGCGUCUGCGUUCCUCAUAGCAGCUGCUGCUGCGUGGCUUCUUGCGAUGCUCUAA